AUGUCGGGUAUUGGGGAACUUGCCAAUGCGAUACAGCUCAUCACUGGCGCGGUCCACACCAUCCGACUAGUAUACAAGGCCUACGAGGCUAUCAAAGAUGUCGAUCAACAAAUAUACCAUCUAAUAUCGGUCUGCAGUCUGGUAGAGAAAAACCUGAGUGAGACUCUGAGUCUGCUCCGCCAGCGACAAAAAUCUCCAAAUCAGGAUGAAAGACGAAUGGAGUACUACAGCUCAAUUGCUCGAGUCGUAAGAACAGUAGACAAUGAUCUUGGGGAUGUAAGAAGGAGUAUCCCGCACCCAGACAAAUUGCCAAAGCCCAAAAUGCUUGCAAGAGUAUUCCGGUCAAGACCCUACAAGGCCACUGAUCUCGCCCUGAACUUGAAUAAGAAUGCCAUGAAGCGAAUCGAAACUGCAUCUCUCCAUUUACAAAUAGCAACUUCUAAUUUGUGGAGGUAUGAGAGCGAAAGCCCUAGUGCUGUCGACCAGGAUUACUUCACCGGGCUUCGGAAUCUAAGCCAAAAGUUUAGCAGCCGUGCAUCGACUUUCAGUUCAGAUUUCGAGGCCAUGACACCUAGCUUGGAUGGUUCCGAUCCAAACUCCAAGGACAGAGCAGAGGAAUAUCUGAGAGAUAUUCGACAAUUUAACGACUCAGCAUUUAAGAUGUUCAACGACGUUAUUAUUCGAACCUUGCAUUCGGGGAGCCAAACCCCCGCUGAGAGUUGGGACCUAUCUCCCGUCAGCGAGCAGCACGCCCUUCUCGAACCCCCUCCGCCAGAAACACACGUCAGUCUAGAAGAGCUGGGACUCAGGUUCAGCGAGGCCAAAAAAAUGGCAGAGCUAGCUUUGGCCCAGGAGUUCCCAGAUGCAGCAGCAAACUACCAUGCUGAAGCCAUUAAGUGCUAUGAGGAGCGCGCCAAGGCUGGUGAGCCUAGUAUUUCCGUCAAGACUAAGCUCGAGUCGGAUCAUAUUGGUAUUCUGAUCAAAUGUCAUCAAACUGGCCGACGUGAGAAGGGAAUAGAGCGCUUAAAGGAACUUGCAGAGGAAGCAAAGAGAUUGGAAGCUGCUGAUCCGCCCGAACUUGACGCUUCUGAUCUUCACCGGCUGCGCCGAGAUAUCGGUGACCUUUAUUUCAAAUUGCAGAUGUGGGCUCAUGCGGAACACUUCCUUCGUCUUGCAAUUUUUGAGCCAGCAUUUUCGCAAAACUAUCCAAGCAAUAAAGAAGAGGCAAAGUCUAUUGCUUGGGGCAUCAUUCAGGCGUACAAGCACAGCUCGCGUCUUAUCGAGGUGGGGGCUUUCAGAGAAAUGCUUGUUCGCCAUUUGAAAGAGGACCCGACAGUAGAGCCCCAAGAAUACCGUGAUACCAUUGCUUGGUGUCGGAAGAACAACUUCGAGGUUGAUGAAAUGAGCACGCCACCUUGCUUGAACAAGAAAGACGCAGAUGGCGAUUUUCCUCUCCAUAAAGCUGUAUGUGAUCCAGAUGUCAGCCCAGAAGUGUUGAGGCAACUGGCAUCUGAUAGGAAUGUGAUCAAUGCCAGAGGGAAGAAUCAGAUGACCCCAUUAUUGAUGGCAGUAGAAAAGGGGCGGCUUUUAGCUGUACAAGUGCUGCUUGAAGAAGGUGCCAGCCUCGACCUCCGAACGCCCGAAACAGACAUGUUCGAAACUGUGCUUCACGUCUGCAAGGACGUACGGAUUAUGAGGCUUCUUCUGGAGAAAAUCCAAUCGCGAGAGUCCAGUGUGGCACCGUCGAUAAUCCGACAACAGAAUGAGAGUACAGAAGACCCACAGCGCAUCGAUAUCAACUCGCAGAGCCCGUAUAUUGGGACAGCACUUCAUCACGCAUGUGAGAGAGAUGACUGGCCGAUCGUGGAGGUUCUUCUUGCCUAUGGUGCCGAUCCAAAUGCGGAGAACUACAAUCGCGAGACUCCGCUGAUAUUGACAUGUUUCAACAAAGGGACACGAAUUUCAACAAAGCGAAUUGUGAGAGCAUUGCGGAAUCAUGGCGCCAACGUCGAUCAUAGAGAUGAUUAUCAAAGGCAUGCUCAAGAUGGCCUUGAACAGAAACGGUUUAGUCCAUCAGAUAUUCGUAAUCUAUUACAACCUACGGGCUUAAGAAGCGGGAGCUCAAGUCUUCGGAGGGGGACUGAAACGGAUUCAAUGACAUCUGCGACUCAUUUUUCUAUCGACUCUCUCGGUUUGUUUUCUGAAGUUUCUCGUGAUGGAAGUAUUGUCUAG